AUGUCGCUCUACUCCAUAAAUGCCUCACUAGUUUCCUUCAACUCGGCUAUCAGUGCGUGCGCUCGGAGCGGCCACUGGCAGGGAGCCGUGGCGUUGCUGGAUCGCAUCACAGAGUCGCGGCUUGUGCCCGACAUGUUCAGCCUCAGCUCGGCUGUGGGCGCCUGCUCCAAGGGCCACAACUGGGAAACCGCUUUGCAGCUCGUCGCCGCCUUUCGAGGGGCACGGUUGCCGGUGGAUAUCACAGCUCUGGGCAGCGUCGGAGCCGUUUGUGAAGAGCCACGCAAGCUCAGAGAAAUCCUGGAGGACGUGCAGCAACUUGCUGCUUGGCAGCUUUCUUUCUCCCAGACUUGA